AGCCCACCAAUACCCUCCUGGGACACCUCAAAUCCCUGUUAUAGCUCCCUAGUAACCCUCCUGGAGCACCCGCAAUUCCCUCAAGGACCUCCCCUGACCCCCGCUUUCCCUCAGGAGCUGCGUUCCCAUGGGGGGGCCCCCCUGGACCCUUUUGAGGUGUUCACGUUCCACACCUGCAGCACCAUCGCACGCCUCCUCUUCGGGGACCUGGUGCCCCCCCCAGGGGAACUCCGGGCCUUCUCCUGCUGUCUGGGGGAGCUGCUGCAGGUUUGGGGGCGCAGCACUGUGCGGGCUCUUGACCUGCUGCCCCCACUGCGGGCCCUACCGAACCCGGGGCUGCGGGAGCUGCUGCGGCUUGUCCAGCACCGUGACGCCUUCGUGGAGGCCCAGAUCCGGCGGCACCAGGAGUGUCCCUCCCCCCCCUCGGACACAGUUUUGGGGGCGCUGCUGGGGCGUGAUCCCGGAGUGCAGGGGGCUCCCCUGAGCCCCCCCCGGCUGCACAUGGCGCUGGUUGACCUGUUCAUCGGGGGCACCGAGACGACAGCGGCUGCGCUGGGCUGGGCUGUGGCCUUCCUGCUGCACCGCCCCGAGCUGCAGGCGCAGCUGCGGGCGGAGCUCAGGGGGGUACAGGGUCCCCCCGGGCCGGGGGACACGGGACGCCUGCCCCUCCUUCAGGCCACUGUCAGCGAGACCCUGCGGCUGCGGCCCCCUGCACCCCUGGGGCUGCCCCACUGCGCCCUGCGCCACACCAGUCUCGGAGGGCUCCCCAUAGUGGCUGGCACCAUCCUGGUCCCCAACCUGCUGGCAGCCCAGCAGGACCCUGUCAUCUGGCAGCAACCCGAGGCCUUCCUGCCUGAGCGGUUCCUGUCCCCGGGCGCUCCCUGGCGGUCGCUGCUGCCGUUUGGCUGCGGGGCGCGAUCGUGCCCGGGAGAGGCGCUGGCGCGGGCCGAGCUCUUCGUGUUCCUGGGGCUGAUCCUGCGGGAGUUCCGGCUGGAGCCGGGCCCGGGGGGACUGCCGGGACUUGGGGUGUCACCAGGAACCGUGCUGCGCUGCCCCCCCUUUCGUCUGCGCAUGGUGCCUUGCCAGCCCCCGGGCUCACCAUAACCCUGGCCUGGCCCCUGCGUGACUUCCUGAACACUCUGUGACUCACCCGACCCUUUCUGACCCUUCCGGAACACACCUGACCCGUAUGUGACACCGCCUGAACUGGUUGACCUCGACCCCUUUACUGACCCCACCUGACCCCUGAUCCCUCCCUGGCCUGGCUGUGAGCCUGGUCUGACCCUUGCCAGCCCUUGGCCUCACCUUGACCCCGGCCAUGACCCCGGCUGUGACUCUACCCAACCCCUUCUGACCCAUCCCGAAUCCUGCGUGACCCCAUCCCUACCCACCUGACCCUUACUAAUCACACCUGACUCGACCUGAUCCCCCCUGAACCCUCCUGACCCCUGGCC